AUGAUGCAGUUAAAGAAACUCAACAUUGUUCUGUUCCUGGUUCGCUACAACGACAAGUACUACGCUGAUACAAUCUCAUCCGGCGAAUUCACUAAGCUUGGUUCGCCUUAUGUCUUUUAUGGAUCAAUAUUAUCUUUUCUUUUAAUAGGAAAAAAAAAGUUAGUUGCUUUGGGACUUAUGAACUGUUAUCUUAUUACAAUGACAUAUCACAUAUGUGUUGGAGCUAUUGCUUGUCGGCUGGAGAAGAAAGAAGGCGGGACCAUGCGAGUUUAUAUAAUGACACUUGGUGUUCUUGCACCAUACCGCGGCAUUGGCAUUGGUUCAAAGCUAUUGAAUCAUGUUCUUGACAUGUGCUCCAAGCAGAAAAACAUGUGUGAGAUAUACUUUCAUGUUCAGACAAACAACGAAGAUGCGAUUGUUAUGUUGUCAUCAAGUACUUUGCUCAAUCUGAAGCCAAGAAAUAAUAACAAUACAUUGACUUGGGGAAGCCAUUCUUCCGCCGGAUUUGUUUGCUCAGUUCAAGUCUAUUAUUUACGUUGCAAUGCGUCUGUGUCCCGAGUUUAG